AGAGAGAGAGAGAGAGAGAGAGAACGAACGAACUCGGGAAUUAUUCUGAAGAAGAGACAGGGAAAAAAGAGAGGCACAAAAAUAUCCUAACCUAAUGCUUCUGCUUUUGUUCUGCCUGAAGUAAACUUGUCGCGUAUUCUAGAUAAUGUCCAAGAAUGUCCAUUUCUGGGACUUUGAGCAACUACUACGUGGACUCCAUCAUAAGUCACGAUAGCGAUGAACUCUCAGGCGCCACUCGCUUUUCCAGCGUCCAGUAUCCCGGACCCACCUCCGCUGUGACCGAUGGAGCCGCGCACUCCGAGCACGCUCAUUCUGAGUCAUAUCCAUCCUGCAGCUUCCAGCCCAAACCUCCGGUCUUCUCAUCACCCUGGGGCCCGUUCAGCCCGCAUGGAGCUAGUGGUCUCCCCGCAGUCUACCAUCCCUACAUCCCAGGCCAGCAUGUGCCCGCCGCAGACACACGGUGCAUCCGCUCAUGGCUGAACUGUGCUCCGCGGGACUCAGAGUCUUUUCCGGGCCAGAGCCAAACUGGGCAGGUCAAACUUGAGCCCCAGAUUGCCCAUCAAGGCGGGGAGCUUCCCAUCAAAAUCAGCGGACAACACGAAGCCACCACGUACAUCCUGGAGUCAAUUUCCACGGCAGGGCGUGAGCUGAACCAGCACCCUACUCCCGCCCCAGGACCAGGAUUUAAAGAAAGCAAGGAUGUUUGUGAAGGGAAUAGUAAAGACAAGGACAGCGAUCAAAAUGACCCCUCCGCCAACUGGCUUCAUGCACGCUCCUCCAGGAAGAAGAGGUGCCCGUACACUAAAUAUCAGACCCUAGAGCUUGAAAAGGAAUUUUUGUUCAACAUGUAUCUCACGAGGGACCGAAGGCAUGAGGUGGCACGCGCACUGAACCUGACAGAGAGGCAGGUUAAGAUUUGGUUCCAGAACCGGAGAAUGAAAAUGAAGAAACAAAGCAAGGACCAGUCGAAGGAAUAGUGGGAUUUUCUCUCUCUCUCUCUCUCUCUCUCUCUCUCUCUCUCUCUCUCUCUCUCUCUCUCUCUCUCUCUCUCACACACACACACACACACACACAAAUAUUCAUAGCCUACCAUAUAUUUAAUGCAUCAUAAAGCAUCAUGCUUGUAUGACCAGAACACAAAGGUCUUCUUAAACACACAUGCACAUCAGCUUUCAUUACCAUCAGUCAGUCUGCUCAAAUAAUCCAACAGGACACAUUGAUACAGCAUUCAAAAUAUGCUAGAUAAACGAAAAGAUUUAUACAGAGCUUUUUAUGAUAUUUGCGAACUGAUGGCAAAUUUAUAUCAUAUAUACUGUAGAUAAACACAUGGAAAGACCUAAUGCAUUAAGGGAUGAGUUAGGUUCAGUAGAUUGGACUUGGACAACUCAGCAAGUAGACCGAAGCUCAAAGAACUACCAACCUCUAAUGGAGACUCAAUGCUCACUUCCUGAAACAUAUGUCCUCAGAAACUGAGCUGAUCUCUAAAAAGUGGUGGAAAUGCUAUAGUAGUGGAGGUCAAGUUUGAAAAUAAUUAUAUUUUUUUAAGAAGGCUGGAACUUUAAAGUUUAUGUUUAACAAAUGAGGAUGGUCUUACACACAGGAUUCAGUUCCUUAUUGACAUUUUCUGCUUUAAAUUAACUGGACUUUACACAGAAAGUCCAGUACAUCAUUAGUCAGUUAGUAAAUAAGAAGAAUACUUUAAGUUAGAAGUUAGUAUGAAUGAGAAAAAAGGCUAGCCACACAUUUUAAUGGUUACAUAAAAGACAGGGGUGGAUUGUUAACUGAAAUACAGACAUUUGUUUCUAUUUCAAGCACUUAUUUUCCUUAGUUUUGACCCAUGCAACCUACAGAAGCACAUUGAGGAGGUGUACGGUCGAAGUAAAAAGAAAAUACACUGUCAGAUCUUAAUUAUUCACUUCUAUACUGGUAAUGAAUAAAUAAUCUGGCCUUUAAAAUUCCAAAAUCAUUUUGAAUCUAACCUUAACUGCACAAACUGAAUAUUCCAGAUAAGACUAUUUCAUAUUUUUAAAGCAACGAUUAAAUCCAUUAAGGUAUGUUUGGGGAAGUAAUAUAAAAAGCAGACCUAGAUUUGUAAAAUCAGAUUGAUGCUCCUGUGCAGGUGCACCCCACUUCUCACCUAAUGAUUGCUGGAGAUCAGCACCAACUCUGCAAAGGGAAUAUAACAACAUAUUAUAAUAGUUCAGGUUUUACUUACUUUGCUUUGGGUUGCAUUUUAAAAGAAAUUAUUUCUAUUUUUCUACAUACAAAAUAUCUACUGUCAACUAUGCAAGUUUAUUUUAUUAUUAUUACAGAAAAAAUGCCACAGGAAGGGCUCCCAAUUCGUUUAUAUGAUGGUUCUGCUUAUAACUUGUCAUCAUUCACUGAUGUUUAACUACUAAACAUGCUACCAUAACUAGCCUGAUACUUGGGAUUGGUUUUCUGUUUGUGUAUUUUUCUUUUACUGUUGUUUUGACAGUUAAUAGCUCUCACAAUUAUUCUUUAAGGAUUUCUUCUAAACAUUUUGAAUUAUUUUUCUGUUUUAUCUUAUAUUUUGGGGUUAACAUACAUGGUAGCUAUGCUGACCAGCCUUUCUGUCUCUGUGGUGUUGUGUGAAGUAUGAGAUGAAUGGCAUCAUGUGGUCUAGAUUCAUAAGAAUUUUGUGUGAGUGAGUGGAAUUUUGAAAUCAUUUAAGUGAGAAAGCAUGAGAGGGUGAGAGCAGAUGAGUGUGCAGGAAUGGAGAGUGAGAGAGAAUAGGUGAGAUUGGUUACGUGUGGGUGAGUGCGAGAGAGCGUAACCUGGUCAACUAGCACAGUGUUCUCCAGAGAAGAGCUACAUUUUUUGAAUAAGCAGCAUCAACAUUUAUAAGACCAAAUGUUUACAUGGUUUGUGAAUGCUUCAAGUCUUGUGUUAUUUUGAACAAAUUAUUUUUUUGCCAUGAUAUAUUGUGUGUCAAAUAUAUCUAAAGGUGUUGCUUGCUGAAUAUAUUAUUUGAAAAAUGACUAAACUUUCUUAACAUCAUACGUUUUUAAUUUAUUUUACUCAAAGCGAUUAUCUUUGUCUUUCUUGCUGGAAUAAGUUGAAUAUGUUGAAUGAUUUUGUCUUUUUGUAACAUGGUGUCUGACUGUACAGUAGAUGAUUUUUCCUUUGUCUGCUAUGCUUUUUAUGGGCUGUUUUCCAUGUUGUUGUGCUGUCUGAAUUAUAUAGUUUGAUGUCAGUCCAA